CCUCAGCACCUCAGGAGGUAAAUCGCAGGAUGUGCCCUUGUUGGCUCCCAGGUUCCCACAACUCAUUUGGACUCCUUCCGCAAAGAGAGCUCUCCUCGCUGGGCGUUUGUUCAACCAAAUGGCUUCCCCUCCAUUUUAGCACCCAGUGUUAACUCCAGGAAUCGAACUCUCCACCCUUGCUUUCAACGUCCCAGCGAAGUGAUUGUUCCACCAACUCGGAUGUGUCCUGGGGGGCAUUCUGUCUUUACUUUUAUGGGAUCAGGGGUGAAUAUAUGGCUUCCUUAGCAACCGCUGAAGCUUGUGAUACAAAUGGAGCACUUCUGUCGAGUGGUGAUCUACGGGUACUGCAACCUGUCUUCCAGAUCUAUGGCCAACGUCGAGCGUUCUCUGGCCCCAUUGCUACUCUUAAGGCGUUUGAAGACAAUGUGUUGAUCCGAGAGCUUCUCGAAACCCGAGGUGAAGGUCGAGUCCUGGUCAUCGACGGUGGAAGCAGCACGAGAUGUGCCUUGGUAGGAGGAAAUCUUGGACAAUUGGCGCAAAAUAAUGGCUGGGCUGGUAUUGUAGUUAAUGGCUGUAUUAGAGAUGUAGACGAGAUCAACAGCUGUGAUAUUGGGGUUAGAGCCUUGGCAUCACAUCCGCAGAAAUCGAACAAAAAGGGCAAUGGUGAAAAACACGUCCUAAUUCAUGUUGCGGGAAUAUUAAUUCGUGACGGGGAAUGGUUGUAUGCAGAUAGUGAUGGCAUACUCAUAUCCAAAACCGAGCUGUCUAUCUAGUGAUGUAUUGAUUUAUCUAGUCUAAUAAAGGUGUCAGUUUCUGCAAUGUAGCUAACAUUUUCACCUGGCCUAGACUAUGAGGCAAAUGCUUUGAUUUCCAAGAUCAGUUAAUCCUGUUAUUCCUGUUUUGCUUAA